AUGCGUGUUCUCGUAAACAAGCACGUCUUCAUGCAACCUCAACCGGGCCACUAUGCCCACACCCGGAUGUCUAUGCUGUUGCUGAAGCCAAAGACCAAAGACCUACUGUCCCAUCGGUUAGAUGAUGUCUUCCGAUCCGCCAGCCGGGAAGCCGACGCACUUGCCGCUGCUAGGUACCGUGAACCAGAGAGAGGUGCCCCUACAGGGUUCAACCUUGCCUUCAACACGGACAAAAACUUCUGGGAGUAUAUAACCAACGAUGAUCCUCAGCGUGGCGAGCGGUUCGCGCGUGCCAUGCAUGCAGUCAAUAUUAACUCGCUAGACGUGAUUCCCCGGUUGUACCCGUUUGAUAGCUUAGUUGUCGACGGCGGUCUGAUAGUCGAUGUUGGUGGCGGCCAGGGUCAAGUCGCAAAGCGAAUCUUGGAGUAUUUUCCGAGCAGUGGCUUGCGAUGUAUCGUGCAAGAUCGUUAUGUCGUCAAUGCCUCUUCACCCGGUCCCGCAGUCGUGGAGAUGCAGCAACACGAUUUUUUCGAGGCGCAGCCAGUGAAAGGGGCUGCUGCAUACUUUUUCCGCCAUAUCUUCCAUGACUGGCCCGACAAGGCCUGCGCGGCCAUCCUGAAGCAGACGGCGAGAGCCAUGGAUAAGGACAGGAGUCGAAUCCUGAUUUGCGACCAGGUCUUACAGGAUGAUGUCCCAGCCGAAGCCUCUCUUCUCUACGACAUCGACAUGAUGUCCCUAUUUGGUGGUAAAGAGAGAUCUCUGGCGGAAUGGAAGUAUCUGAUCGCCUCCGCCGAAGAGAGCUUGCAUAUUGUCAACGUGAUUUUCAGCACGGAGUCCGAGGCAGCCAUUCUUGAUGUCCGAAUCAAGUGA